GCAAUUUUGAAGAUGCUAGAAAAUUAAAAAAAUAGCCAUUUAAAUUCGUUCCAACCUGAAGGAACAUUAAACUAAUAAUACGAAAGAGUUUUCGAAACUUAUAAUGCUAUGUCUAAUGUGUUCGUGCCAAAAAGUCUACGUGUAUAAUUCUAAAAAACGUUAACUUUCUAAAAAACAAGAAAGUGGCUGUAUUAACAAGCUCCCCAUGCCUGAUAAAUUCAACUCAAAGCAAUUCAACAACAGGUCAAAAAAAUUGUGAAUUUCAAAAUAGUGAAAAGGAAAUCAGUAAAUACUCUCAUAAAAUGCAAGCAUUUCUUAAGACUGGAAAGAUAUCUGCAGGAGACAAAGCGUCAACUUCUGGAGUUAAAACUACAAAUAAGAAAAAACCUCCAGCUCCAUGGGUCGAAAAAUAUAGACCGAAGACAAUAGACGAUAUAGUGGACCAAGGAGAGGUUGUUCAAGUGCUAAGGGAAUGUUUAUCCGGUGGAGAUCUACCGCAUUUACUAUUUUAUGGACCGCCGGGUACCGGUAAAACGAGUGCCAUACUUGCCGCUGCAAAGCAACUCUUCGGAGAUAUCAGUCGAGACCGCGUGUUGGAAUUAAAUGCAUCCGAUGAACGCGGUAUACAAGUCGUUAGAGAUAAAGUUAAAGCAUUUGCCCAGCUUACAGUUAGCGGAAAAAGAGCUGAUGGUCGACCAUGUCCCUCAUACAAACUGGUCAUUCUGGAUGAAGCAGACUCGAUGACUACAGCAGCUCAAGCGGCACUUCGACGCACUAUGGAACGCGAGACUCGUACUACACGGUUCUGUCUCAUCUGCAACUAUGUGUCAAGGAUCAUACCGCCAAUCACGAGUCGCUGUUCAAAAUUUCGCUUUAAGCCAUUAGCUAGAGAGAAUGUUAUUAAACGGUUACGUGAGAUAUGUGAAGCCGAAAAUGUGGAUGUCGGUGAAGGUGAGAUUCUAAACCAAGCAGUGGAUACUUGUGAAGGUGAUCUGCGCAGAGCGCUAACAGCACUACAGUGUUGCCAAAGGUUGUACGGCAGGAUCACUGCUGAUGGACUAAUUGAGGUGACUGGACUUGUUCCUGAAAAAUUGGUUAAUGAGUACCUAAGCAUCAAGAACUAUUCAGAAUUGGAGGAAUUUGUUCAGAAUUUCCUGAUGCGAGCGUAUUCGGCAUCGCAGCUUCUGGAACAGUUGAGUGCCACGGUUGUGGCGGCUGGACAUCUAACGAAUAAACAGAAAUGCGCCAUAAGUGAGAAGACGGCCGUCUGUCUGCAUCGUCUGCUCGACGGAGGAUCGGAAUUCAUGCAACUAACUGAUUUAGGGUGCACCCUAAUUAUGGCCAACAAUAAUCCUUGAUGUUAUCUCAUUUGGUCGCCUGGUGUUUCUGAAUAAUUAAAACUAUUUUGUAAUU